AUGGUGGUCAAUGCUAUUCCACAUCAACUUCUUAAAAGAACUACUACCUUUAGUCCAUGCCUUCCUUCAAAACCUGGAGAUCCACCACCACCACUACUCAAUGUCAUACUUUCACCUGAUCCUAUCGUUGCUGGAAAAACUGAUAGUGUUACUAUUUCUGGAACACUAAGUCGUCCUGUCAUCGAUGGCGACUUUACCGUUGUUGCACUUGUUGGUCUUGCAUCUAAGGUUCCGAUAGGUGAUCCAGUUGCUGCGCCAACCGACCCUAAAACACCAUUUUCUCAAGUAUUGGAUCUUAAUGUGGCAGCAAAAUUACCUGCUACAUACGUUAUUUUAGCUGGUGUUGGGAAUCCAAAAACACAGGAAGUUCUAGGCUGUGCAUUAUGUAUUAUUGGUAUUGGUGUUGCUGAAUCU